CAAUAUUCAGCCAUACAAAAAAAUAAAAAAAAAGUCCACGAUGAUUCGGGUACUUGUGUGGUGGCUAGUAACUAUGAUGGCCGUUCACUCGGCAUCUGCUGAAGUAAAAGAAUACACGUGGGAAGUUGAGUAUAAGUUCUGGUGGCCGGAUUGUAAAGAAAGCAUCGUUAUGGCCAUUAACGGCAAGUUUCCGGGGCCAACGAUAGAAGCCGAUGCUGGAGACAACGUUACCAUCCACGUCGUAAACAAACUCUCCACUGAAGGUGUUGUCAUUCAUUGGCACGGCAUACAUCAGAAAGGGACUCCAUGGGCAGACGGAGCAGCGGGUGUGACACAAUGUCCUAUCAACCCUGGCGAGACUUUCACUUACAGUUUCAUUGUCGAUAAGCCGGGUACAUACUUCUACCAUGGACACUAUGGGAUGCAGAGAUCGGCGGGACUGUACGGGAUGAUGAUAGUGAAAUCACCAAACGAGAGACUGAAAUACGAUGAAGAAUUCAGUCUGUUGCUAAGCGACUGGUGGCACCAAAGCAUUCACGCGCAAGAGCUGGCUCUUUCUUCUGCACCAAUGCGUUGGAUUGGUGAACCUCAGAGUUUGUUAAUCAAUGGAAGAGGGCAGUUUAACUGUUCUCAAGCGGCGUAUCUUACCAAUGGAAAUAAUCAGUGUACGUUUAAAGAAAACGAUCAGUGCGCACCUCAUACCUUACGUGUCGAGCCCAAUAAAGUUUACCGUCUUCGUAUCGCUAGCACCACUGCUCUUGUUUCCCUCAACUUGGCCAUUGAUGAACACGAGUUAGAGGUAGUUGAAGCCGACGGCAACUACGUAACGCCGUUCAACGUCAGCGACAUCGACAUUUAUUCCGGCGACACCUACUCUGUUCUUCUUCGAACCAACGGCUCUAUAUCAGGAAAGUACUGGAUCUCCGUCGGCGUUCGUGGCCGGAAACCAAACACAGCUCAGGCACUCACCAUGUUAAACUACGUCAAAUCCCCUGAAACUGAUCGCCCAGCUAACCAUCCCCCGGCGACUCCACAGUGGGACGAUUUCGUUCGGAGCAAAAGUUUCACGGACAAGAUCUUCGCGGUGGAGGGAACUCUGUCUCCGCCGGAGAAAUCAGAUAUCCAGCUUAUCCUCCUCAACACACAGAACAAAAUAGGCAACUACACUAAAUGGGCAAUCAACAACGUCUCGUUGACCGUGCCGGUGACGCCGUACCUCGGAUCUAUCAAAUACGGUUUAAAGACGGCGGAGCAUCUAAAAUCGCCGGCGAAAAUGUUCACGAUGGAUAACUACGACAUCAUGAAACCGCCGGCGAAUCCAAACACCAUAAAAGGUAGCGGGAUUUACAGUUUAGCGUCAGGUAAAGUCGUCGACGUGAUACUCCAAAACGCUAACGUUUUGAACAAGAUAGACAGCGAGAUUCAUCCGUGGCACCUUCACGGCCACGACUUUUGGGUUUUGGGUUACGGAGAUGGGAAAUUUAAACCGGGGGUGGAUGAGAAUACUUAUAAUCUGAAGAACCCGCCGUUACGGAACACGGUGGUGUUGUAUCCGUACGGGUGGACGGCGUUAAGGUUUGUAACGGAUAAUCCUGGGGUUUGGUUUUUUCAUUGCCAUAUUGAACCGCAUUUGCAUAUGGGUAUGGGUGUGCUUUUCGCUGAGGCUGUUGACCAGAUCGAUAAGUCUAAGAUACCGCACGAGGCCUUCGGCUGUGGCUUAACUAGGGAAUGGCUCAUUAAACAAGCUAGGCCUUAAAUUUAAAGAAUGGUCAUAUUACUGAUCUGAUGUUCUUUUGAUGCAUUGUGUUUUAUAUGUGUGUUGUUACCUGGCAAGAUUGUUUCAGUGUCGUGUUUGAGUUUAAUUACUGUCCAAAUUCAAACUUUAAUUA